CUGUGGAGGGGCCUUGAGAUAAGGCAGCAGACACAACAAUGUGGUGUGGGCUGGAGGGACCCCCCUCCCAGCCCUUUUAAGCAGCAGGGCCCCCUCGGCCAGCACCGCUUGCCAUGGAGAGAACCACGGUGCUGAUCACGGGCUGCUCCUCGGGCAUUGGGCUGGGACUGGCCGCACGCCUGGCGGCCGACAGCGCUCGCCGCUUCAAAGUUUAUGCCACCAUGCGUGACCUGGCCAAGGGUGAGCGGCUGCUGGAGCACUUGGGCAGCCACUGCCCUGACACGCUGGAGGUCCUACAGCUCGAUGUCACCGACCCACACUCACUGGCAGCCGCCGUGCAGCGGGUGCAGGAGCAGCACCUGGACGUGCUGGUCUGCAACGCGGGGGUGGGACUGAUGGGACCUCUGGAGACCUGCUCCGAUCAGGCCAUGAAAACCCUCUUCGAUGUGAACUUCUUUGGGGCCGUCCGCACCAUCCAGGCAUUCCUGCCUGCCAUGAAGCGUCGCAGGGCCGGGCGGAUCAUUGUUUCCAGCAGCAUCGGCGGGCUGCAAGGUGGGACACCCGGCACCCUGGGGCGUGGGGAGCCGCGGGGAAGAGCCCCGGUGCUCAGGGUGCGGCUCUACCCAGGGCUACCCUUCAAUGCCGUGUACUGCGCCAGCAAGUUUGCGGUGGAGGGGCUGUGCGAGAGCCUGGCCAUCGUCCUGCGCCCCUUCAACAUCCACGUGACACUGGUGGAGUGCGGGCCCGUCCACACCAGCUUCCUGGCCAACCUACAGUGCCCGGACCCCGAGGGCAGCGAGCUGGAGGGCCUGGACGCCGAGACGCGGGGGCUGUACCGCCGAUACCUGCGGCACUGCCAAAGCCUCUUCCGCGACACGGCCCAGGAGGUGGAAGACGUCCUGCCGGGGCUCCCUGAGCUGGCUCUCCAUGAGAUCCAGUUGAUGAAGGACCCUGACCACCAACAGAACGAGGAGGAGAAGAUCAGCUCCUCCAGCCUCCGGCAGAGGCUGCUGGGGACGCUGCUGCAGCCCCCACGGCGAGACCCGGCCUUGCCAUCACGCCCGUAUGUGAUUGGGCUCACUGGGGGCACUGGGAGUGGGAAAACCUCCAUCGCCAAACUCCUGGGGCACCUGGGCGCCUUUGUCAUCGAUGCUGACAAGCUGGGCCACGCCGUCUAUGUCCCUGGUGGCCCAGCCUACGAGCAAGUAGUGGCAGCCUUUGGGGCAGAGAUCUUGAAUGAAGAUGGGACGAUUAACAGGAAAGUCCUUGGGGCCAAAGUGUUUGGAAACCAGGAGCGGCUGAAGAGCCUGACAGACAUUGUGUGGCCUGAGAUAGCCCGGAUGGCGAGGGAGCAGAUCCGGGAGGCCGACUCUCAAGGGAAGGCCGUGUGUGUGCUGGAUGCUGCUGUGCUGCUGGAGGCCGGGUGGCAGGACAUGGUCCACGAGGUGUGGACGGCCAUCAUCCCAGAGGAGGAGGCCGUGAGGCGCAUCGUGGCCAGGGAUGGGCUGAGCGAGGAGGCCGCUCGCUGCCGGCUGCAGAGCCAGAUGACCAACAGGCAGCGGGUGGAGUGGGCACAGGUGGUGCUCUGCACCCUCUGGGAGCCAGAUGUCACCCGGCAGCAGGUGAGCCUGGGGCUGCCACAGCACUGGAGCUGGGUGUGGGCCCAGCCCCACAGGGUGAACUCCACGUGCUGUGGCUCUGCUUCCCCCCAGAAAGGCUACGAUGACCUGCAGGCCAUCGUCCCCACCUGCGAGCAGCAGGAUUUCUCUAUCGGCUCCCAGAAGCUGAGCAAGGCCAUUGUCCUCCAGAAAACCAUUGACUACAUCCAGUUCCUGCACAAGGAAAAGAAGAAGCAGGAGGAGGAAGUUUCUACCCUCAGGAAAGAUGUGAUGGCCUUGAAGAUCAUGAAAGUGAACUAUGAGCAGAUUGUGAAAGCUCAUCAAGACAACCCAAACGAAGGGAAGGACCAGGUCUCUGAUGAAGUGAAAUUCAAUGUUUUCCAAGGCAUCAUGGAUUCCCUGUUCCAGUCCUUCAAUGCCUCCAUCUCUGUAACAAGUUUCCAGGAGCUCUCAGCGUGUGUGUUCAGCUGGAUCGAGGAGCACUGCAAGCCCCAGACACUGCGGGACGUUGUCAUCGGGGUUCUGCACCAGGUGAAGAGUCAGCUCUACUGAGCCUCCUCCGCUGCCUCUGUGCCCGUGGGGACAGGGCACCUCCUGCCUACGGGCCUGGGGGACAGGCACCCUCCUGGGCCCUCUCCCUCGUGGCUGUUUUUGAGCUUUUCUGAAUUAUUUAUUGUAUUCCCUCCGAAGCCCAACGGUGGCCGUGCAGACACAGCUGCUCUGCUCGGUGUUACCGAGUCUUGGUAGGGACUGGGCAAGAGGGGAGGCAAAGGGAAUGUGGAGCAGAGGAGUGAGGGCAGAGUCUGUGGCUCAGGCAGUGCUGUGAGGUUGCCUGUGCCACCGACUCUCCCUGCAGAGCUGACCCCGGAGCAGCUCUGCUCUGUGCCCUCAGGCCUCUGACAGCCCCGCUGACCCCGGCUGGGGAAAUGUGAUGAAUGUGUGCUAAAAAUGAUGGGUUUCUGGUGAAACAGUAGGAAUAGA